UUCCCAGAUGCCAAUUCACACUCUCGAUUGAUUAGUACCAUCAGCAUCGUUCAUACGUUUCAAGAGAGACUCCUCCCCUGUUUCUCUAUCUUCCCCUGUUCCCCCGCAAUCCUCUGUUCCUUUUAAUCAAAAUGACAGUUUCUAGCUCUCCUUCCUCGUCAGUGUGUGUGAUCAUGGUGGUGAUGAUGCUCUCCGACAUUUAUCUGUUUGGAAUCGAAGGCGCUGCGAUUUUCCAUCUUGAGAGAAGUUUGUCUUUGUCGUCGAACUCGACAUCCAUGGAGCAACUGAUAGCUCGGGACCGAGCUAGGCAUGCGAGGAUCUGGCGAGAGUCCACCGCCGUCCAUGGAGUUGUCAGCUUCCCCGUUUACGGUUCAGAGGAUGCCGAUCUGUUCGGACUGUAUUACACAAAAAUAAAGCUGGGGUCGCCACCAAGGGACUUCAAGGUCGUGAUCGACCCGGGAGUGAUGUCUUGUGGGUGAUGCCCAACACCUCGUCAAUUGUACACGCUCCAGCAAUCUAGUGUGCUAUCGCUCUGCUUUUGUGUUUCUUGGUGCGGAACUUCUGGGAUAUCAAGUC